UAAUACUUAUGUUUGCUUUAUCUGCAUUCAGCAAAAUAUAAGAGAGCAUAUUGGAAAUGUUAUGAAAUUUUCCGUCUGCGAUGUAAAAUAAUGAAUCUAUAUUGGCUCACCUUGUACAAUUAAACUAUGGCAGUAUAACGCGAGCCCUUGGCUGGUAAGGGUACAACUAAAAAAAAAUUAAAUAAAGUUAAUUUUCCAACUGUGCACGGUAUAUAACUAUAUAAAAAUUGUAUCUGCUUUUUGAAAAAAAAUUAAAGUUUAUCAAAGAAAAAAAAAUGAACAUAAAAAACCAAAAAAAUGUCUUAAGUAACCGUUAUAAAUUAAUAAUUCUUAAUAAAUCAAUAAUGAAAUUGUUUGAGUGUUUGUCCAUCUAUUAUUCUCUCUAUACUCUACAUGUGUAUGUGUGGAUGUUCAUUUUUUAGACAUUAGAGAAUUGUGUAUAAUUCAAAUGGAUGUUACCAAAAUUAAAUAAUAAUUAUUGAAAUGAAUUUUUUUUUAAAUUAAAUUUUAUUUUAACGUCUUUAUGGAAUAGACAAGAAACAUCAUGCGAAAAUAUUAUUUGUUCUGUAAUUAUUGCGGCUUCUAAAUAUGAAUUGUCGUUUAAAUAAUUGCUGAUAAUUAAGCAUCAGAAAACUUGAAACAACAUUACGGCAAAUUAUUACAUAUACAAGUAUUGAUUUUGCACUACAGCUUUGUAUUUAACGAAAGCAAAACAACAAUACAAAAAAAACGAACGACAGCAUCCUUCAUCACAGCAGAAGAAAACUAAAAAAAAAAAAAACAAAAUCAUAGAAAACAGUGGAUGCUAUAUCACCAUUAUCAUCAUUGAAAUUAUUCUUAUUAGAUACCAAACGUGUUACUCGGCUAUUAACAAUUUUUCGUCGUAUCUUUAGGUUUUACUUCUGCUAGUUAAUAAUCCAAAAUCGCAUGUUAAACUUCUUUAAAAUACAUUCUUAUAUUCUAACCAAAAAUAAUUAAACUAAAAACUCCAAUUAAAUUAAAUUAAAACUAUUGUGAUUAAAAUAAAAAAUAAUAAAUAAUAAAACAAAACUAAAAAAGAAUAAUAAAACACAUACUUAAACUUUUUUUCCAAAUUAAAUGAAGAUCGUAACUAAAAUUAACACAACAUUAAUAAAGCCAUAAACGAAAUUUAAAUCGAAGAACACUAAUUAAUAAAAUAAAAUAAUAUGAAAUUAAAUUUAAUUAAAUUAAUGUAAUGUAAUUAUAAUAUUAUAAUGCCAAACAAAGCCUACUUGUACAGUGAUAUUUUAGUUAAAUUGUAUUUGUAGUAGAGAAAAACAAAAUAAUUGUAUACAAAUUAUUGAUUAAUUCUUUAACAAUUGUUAAGACUUGUUGAACUAGUUUGUUGUUAAUGUUAAAAACUAGAACAUCAUUGUUAAACAAAAAUAAAAUGAGUUACAGUUUACCCGAAUCGAAAUGAAUUGGAACUAGAACAUACUAUAUAAAAUAAAAGCUAAUGAUUGGGAAUAGAUGAACACUAGGAAAAGUAAAGUACUAUAACUGUGAUUUAAUCCAAUAUUGCUAUAAAGGGCUGUGUUGAACGGAGUCUAUUCACAAACGAUGCAAAUGUUAGAGACUUUAAAUUUAAAUUUUUCGCAUACGAAAAUAAGUGCGAUUAAAUUUAUGAAGUGUUCGAAGAGAAGGGAGGAGUAGUCAAGCGGGAUAAUCGUUCGUGGACAUAUCACAAUAUCACUGUUAAGGAUUUGUAAAAGAACUGGUAUUAAAACGUCUACGUUGAGAGCAAACGCGUGACCACAAAUAAACAAACAUUUAUUCACGUCAGUCUUCUCCACCGCCACCGCACAGAUUGCAAUGCUCUGGUAGCCAGGACAGUUUUGCCGUGGAUCACUAUUGCGAUUCACAUCAAUCAAAUAGUCUUCGUGGAGCAGCGGCGACUUCGGUGUCAGGAAUUCGCAGCGGCGGUGGUGGUGGUUGUGUGCAAUGGUCGUCUACGGAAGCCGCUGGUGUAGGUGCAGGUUGCAUUGGCGGAGUGGGGGGUUGCUCAGCUAUUACCCCAACGACGGGAUCGAUGUGUCCACAUGGAAAUGCUGUGCCUCCGCCACUGCCACAGUCGAUGAUGUCCGGUGGCGCCGGCCACGGCCACAAUGGAAAUAUACUAGGUUCCCACAUCUCAUUAAGCGGUAUUGCAAUUUCGGGCCGAUCUUUGGAUGACAUUUUGCCACCCAGUACAUCGGGUGGCGGCCAUUGCCGCAGUAUGAGCGGUCUAAAUACUCUAAGUUUAGGCCUUCCCGCAGCUCCUGUGCCUCCGCCUCCAAUUUUCAAUCCAUGUAGUUCAAAUAGCAUAAGUAGCAUGUCUAUACAAGGACCUUCAUCCUCACGCUGGGGUCCAAGAACAUCAUGUCCAGUUCAUAGUCCAUUUCGGAUAAGGGCCCCAAACGGCUCGAUUUGCUCAGGACAUCAGGCAUUAUUGCACACUCAUGAUGUUGUGGCACGUGAUGUUUACGGAGAGGAAGCUUUACGGGUAACGCCUCCACCAAUGCCUCUUUAUUGCAAUGGAGAAGAUUUGGAAAACACAGAUGCGGCUGAAUUGCAGCAUGUCACACGCGUGCGUUUAGUACAAUUCCAAAAGAACACUGAUGAACCAAUGGGCAUCACUCUUAAAAUGACCGAAGAUGGACGUUGUUUAGUAGCACGUAUAAUGCACGGUGGCAUGAUACAUCGGCAGGCAACAUUACAUGUGGGCGAUGAAAUACGGGAAAUUAAUGGUCAAUCAGUGCAAAAUCAAUCCGUGGGACAAUUGCAACGAAUGCUGCGUGAAGCACGUGGUUCUGUAACCUUUAAAAUAGUUCCUUCUUAUAGAAGUGCUCCCCCUCCAUGUGAGCUUUUUAGGAUAAGACCAGCACCAGUUCUAAUUUUUGUAAGAGCACAAUUUGAUUACAACCCGCUGGAUGAUGAGCUAAUACCGUGUGCACAAGCAGGAAUAGCUUUUCAAGUUGGCGAUAUAUUACAAAUAAUUAGCAAAGAUGAUCAACAUUGGUGGCAAGCACGUUUAGAUGCUGUUGGUGGUUCAGCUGGACUAAUACCAUCACCUGAAUUACAAGAGUGGCGUAUACGAUGUCAAACAGUAGACAAAACAAAAAGUGAACAAGGAGAACCUGGUGCUGGAUGUUCCGCUCACACAGAUGGGUGUGAUGGAUCCGCAGUUAAUUGCUCUAUAUUUGGACGUAAGAAGAAGCAAUGUCGUGACAAGUAUCUGGCAAAACAUAGUGGUAUAUUUGAUAACUUGGAGUUGGUUACCUAUGAGGAGGUUGUAAAAGUGCCAGUCGGCGAUCCAAAUUUUCAGCGAAAAACUUUGGUUUUAUUAGGGGCUCAUGGUGUAGGCCGACGUCAUAUCAAAAAUACUUUAAUUUCCAAAUAUCCGGAUAAAUAUGCUUAUCCUAUACCCCAUACUACACGACCUCCUAAACCAGAUGAAGAGAAUGGUCGAAGUUAUUACUUUGUAUCACAUGAUGAAAUGAUGGCUGAUAUUGCAGCUAAUGAAUACCUAGAGUACGGUACACACGAGGAUGCUAUGUAUGGCACAAAACUAGAUACUAUUAGACGUAUACACACUGAAGGCAAAAUGGCAAUUCUUGAUGUAGAACCACAGGCGUUAAAAAUAUUACGAACUUCCGAAUUUACACCGUAUGUUGUGUUUAUUGCUGCGCCUUCUUUGCAAAACAUUGCAGAUUAUGAUGGCAGUUUGGAACGUUUGGCAAAAGAAUCCGACAUGCUACGUCAGAUGUAUGGUCAUUUCUUCGAUUUGACGAUUGUAAAUAAUGACAUCGGUGAAACUAUAGCAUGCUUAGAGACUGCUAUUGAACGGGUGCAAACCACAUCACAAUGGAUACCAGUGUCAUGGAUGUACUGACAAGAUAGUGAGUUGGAAUGUCCCGACUGCUUAGAAGGUUGCGAUUGCGAAUGGGAAGCUUAUACAAAUGGACAAUGUUCAACGGACAAAUGGCAGCAUUUCUAAAAAUACAAACAAAUAAAAUGAGCAGAAACCACACACAGUAGUACUAAAUAUAAGAAAUGAAUGCAGCACAUACUUUUAAUUACAUAUGUCUAGUAAAAUGUUAUAAAAGUGAUUAAAAAGGCAACAAAGCA